AACUCAUACAGGAGUUGAUAACUGCCGAAGUUUAACAUGUAGAAUAACUGGCAUUAUGAAAUUGGAAACCUAAUCAUUUUGUUAAGUUAACUUGUGUUGAGCUCAGGGGAAGUCUAAACAUUAUAUUAAUGAUAUUUCUUUAGCAUAUAGAAAUUGAAAGAAUUUUUGUUCUGCUUAUUAGUAACAAAUUCUCCUUGUGGGUCAUUGGUUUAAACGUUCUAUCACUACCUUUUAUCACGUCAACAGCAAAGUUUACAUCCCAGAAUGUCCAUCCAAACAUAGGGGCUCAAUUUGGCUACAAUUGGUUAGGGUAUUAUAUGUUUAAAAGUCUGAAUCAAUAAAUUAUUUGAGAAUGUGGUUUUUCUUUGUGAUAUAGUUAGUAUUAGAAUGGGUGUAUAUAGGCUCUUUCAUUUUAGGUUUGAAGUUUUUUUCAACAAAAUGGGGUUCUCGUGUUGGGAAUCUUGGGAUGCUGGGUUAUGGUUGUUCCGUUGACAUGUGUAGGUAGGAACUACUGCACCACAACACUUAAAUGUCACAUUGUAAAUGUUUCUUUGUUAUGAUGCUGCAUUUUCAUCGAGCGCAAACAUGAGUUGUAAUGGAACUCAAGAGUCAUCCAAUUAUAGGCUGCAUUGCAUUUUGAUAGCUUACCUGCGUGGCUGAUAAUCUUCCAAGCAUGCAGAAGUUUCAUUUUAUGAAUAAUGAAUCAGCACAUAAUUAUUGGGUUUUGAAAUAAAAUCCUUUAAUUGGCUUUCUGUUUUGCUGGGAUUGUUUCGGAUGCUGACUCAUAUAUCACUUGUUUUGUUUGAUUCUAUUUGUGAUUCUUGGAUCCUUCUCACCAAAAAAAAAAAAGUGUAUCUUAAUGUGUUCUAUUCCCCCAAAAAUGUUAAUCAACAGAAACUGUCAUUCGAGUAAAUGCUUAGUAUGAAACUGCUCUUCGUAUAUAGGCAAAAGCCUAUUUUAGCCCUCUCAACUUAUCAAGUUUGAAGGUUUUAACCCAUUAUUUUAGAUUAUGACACUUUUAACUUUUCAUCUUACUAAAUUUGUAGGUUUUAG